CCAAGCCAGACAAGUGCAGGACACCGGACCGUUCCCCCCUCAAAUGGAAUAGAAACGAUGACGGAGUACUUCGGGAGCAAACUGCUGUUCACUGCCCUGGCUCUAGCUGAGUGGAUUUUGUCCACUCACUCCUUCAACGUUGGCACCGUAGACGCCAAAAUCUUCAGCGGGCCAGCGAGUGAAGAGUUUGGCUACACCAUCCAGCAAGUGACGAAUCAUCAGGGCAAAUGGCUCUUGGUCGGCGCUCCGUGGAGUGGUUUCACCCGAAACAGGAAAGGAGAUGUUUACAAGUGUCCCAUCUUGGGGUCUAAAAGCACCUGUGACAAGCUCAAUCUUCAGGACUCUGUCAGUAUUCCAGAUGUGCAAAACAUUUACACCAAUAUGAGUCUGGGUAUGACUCUCGUCCGCAUGCCCACGAUCAGUGGGUCGCUGGUGUGUGGACCUCUUUGGGCACAACGGUGUGGCAGUCAGGACUACUACCCAGGACUGUGUGCAGGCGUCAGCCCCCUCUUCGAACCUCAGCCUGCCUUUUCCCCUGCCGUCCAGACUUGUGGGGGUCCUAUGGACAUCGUGAUUGUUUUGGAUGGCUCCAACAGUAUUUACCCGUGGGCUCCGAUGGUCGAGUUUCUACAGAAACUGAUACCGGCGCUGGACAUCGGGCCGGAAAAAACCCAGGUUAGUGUCAUUCAGUACGGAGAAACGGCCCAAUUCGAAUUCAGGCUGAAGGACUAUGAAACCAAAGAGGAAGUGGUUGCUGUAGCCUCCAACAUCGUGCAGAUGUACGGUGGAUCUACUAAUACCUUUCACGCUAUCCAGUAUGCCAGUCAGUGGGGUUUCCAUUCAGAUAACGGCGGCCGUGCUGGCGCUGCCAAGGUGAUGGUGGUUGUUACCGACGGGGAGUCACAUGAUGGAGCAAUGAAGGAAGUGGUCAUCGCAGACUGUGAAAAACAAGGAAUUACUCGCUUUGGUAUUGCUGUCCUGGGUUACUACAAUAGACAAAACAUCGACACUAAAAACCUAAUAGCUGAAAUCAAGUCCAUUGCCAGCGUCCCCACAGAAAAGUUCUUCUUCAACGUGUCUGAAGAGGCUGCCCUCUCCACCAUCGCUGGCACACUGGGAAACCGCAUCUUCAACAUAGAGGGCACUGGUAAGGGGGCCGACAACUUCAAGAUGGAGAUGUCCCAGGUGGGCUUCAGCGCUCAUUACUCCACAAAACAGAACGUGAUGAUGUUGGGGGCGGUGGGGGCGUAUGCCUGGAGCGGGACAGUCGUUCACCAAACGGGAUCCAAAGCAGACAUCCUCCCUUUCUCUGCCUUUGAGGGAAUCCUGCAAGACAGAAACCACAGCUCAUUACUCGGUUACUCCGUCAGCACUUUGAGCGACGGGCCCAGCGAGUUCUUUGUGGCCGGUGCGCCUCGCUCCAACCACUCAGGACAAGUCGUUGUCUACACCGUCAACAGCCAAAAGCAGCUCGUUGUCGUCGACUCGGCAAGAGGAAAACAGAUUGGGUCCUAUUUUGGCAGUGUCCUUUGCCCCCUGGAUGUUGACCGGGAUGGCGUGUCAGACCUCCUGCUGGUCGGAGCUCCCAUGUUCAUGAGCGAAGUGAAGAAAGAGCAAGGCAGAGUCUACCUCUUCUCUGUCACCAAGGGAAUCUUAAAUGAACAAGGUUUCCUCAGCGGUCUGUCAGCGGCGGAGAACGCCCGCUUCGGAGCUGCCAUCUCAGCCGUCACUGACCUCAACCUCGAUGGCUACAGCGACGUGGUGGUAGGAGCCCCCUUAGAGGACAACGGUAGAGGUGUCUUGUAUGUUUACAACGGUGUGAAGAAGACGUUACGGAAACAAUUCUCGCAGAGAAUCCUCGGCUCUAAACUGGAUCCGAAGGUGCAGUAUUUUGGGAGGUCUCUGGAUACUUAUGGAGAUCUGAAUGGCGACACCAUACCGGACAUAUCGGUCGGGACACAUGGAAAAGUGGUCCAGCUCUGGUCUCGUGGCGUAGCCGCCGUCACAGCCAAAGCCUCUUUCACGCCGGAUAAAAUCAGCAUUCUGAGUAAGCCUUGUGUGAUUAACGGACGUAAGCUGUCCUGUUUCAACACCAAGCUGUGUUUCACCGCCGCAUUCAAGCCCAGAAGCCAAGUCGGACCCCUCGACUUCUCCUACAACUUGACUCUGGAUGCCGACUUGCAGUCCUCCCGCGUGACCUCCCGUGGGCUGUUCAGCCUAAACAAUGAACGCCUCAUCUCCAGAAAUGCUCAGAUAUCAUCCCAGCCUGUGUGCCAAGACUACCAGGUCUACGUUCAGGAAACUCUAGAUUUUGUCAACUCCAUCAGUCUGAAGGUAGAUGUUGGUCUACAGAAGCAGGACGUGAACCCUGUCCUGGACGUCUUCUCACCCAGCGCCUGGGAGUUCUUUGUCCCCUUUUCAAAAGACUGCGGCUCGGAUGACGUUUGUGUGAGCGACCUGGUGUUGGCGGUGAAGAAAGGAGCCGAGGUGCCCAGUUCCGGCCCCAUGGUCGUCAAGUACAACAACCGGGAACUCACUUUCGAGGUCACGGUGAAAAACACAAUGGAGAACGCCUACAACACACAGAUCAUGACCACGUACUCCAGCAACCUCUUCUACGCGUCCGUCCUCCCGCCCAGCGAUGGCACCUCGGUCAAAUGCUCGUCUACAGAGCAAACGCGUGUCGUCGCCUGCCAAGUCGGAUACCCAGCUUUAAGGAAAGACCAAGAGGUGAAAUUUUGGCUGAACUUUGACUUCAACCUCGCCCAGCUGCAGAAUGAAGCACAUCUGACCUUUGAUGCUAAAAGUGACGGUAAAGAGGACAGACCAAAAGACAACAGGGUAGACAUUUCAAUUCCUGUCCAGUACAAUGCAGAGAUUGUUAUGUCCAGGGAAUCAAACAUCAAUUUCUACGUGGCAGAAGAAGCCGAUGCAGUCAUAACGACAAUAAAAACCUUAGACGACAUCGGCCCGCAGUUUAACUUCUCCUUAAAGAUUUCAACAGGCAGCUUCCACGUUAACCUGCUGUACCUGACCAUCACCCUGCCCAUGACCACUAAAGCCGGUAACCCACUGCUUUACGUCACCAGCUUGGACACGCAAGAGGGUAAUUCUGUCAGCUGUGAUGGAAGUGACCUUGUUGACCCACUUAAGAUUGGUAUGGAACAGCAUCAAAUGUCCUUCUCAAAGGAAAAUUUAAGACGGAUACAGAAACUGGACUGCGAAAGUGCAAACUGCAAGCACGUACAAUGCAUUCUCAAGGACAUUCAGAGGAAGAGCGACUACUUUGUGAACGUUACGACGAGGAUCUGGAGUGGCACAUUUCUCACUGCUACAUAUCAGACCAUUGAGCUGACGUCCACAGCAAAAAUUGAAAGCAGUGAACCUGAGCUCAUCAUCCUUGACCAAAAGCAGCUGCCGGUGGCACUAGUCAUCAGUAAGCCUGGAGAGACAGCUGAUGUUCCUAUAGGGGUAAUUGCUGGCAGUGCGAUAGGUGGGCUUCUGUUACUGGCCCUGGCUGUGGGACUACUCUGGAAGUUUGGAUUUUUCAAAAGGAAGUACAAGCAGCUUCAGAAGGAAGCCGAUGAUGAGAUGGCGAGCGUUCCUGAUAACGGCGUGUUGUGAGUUCUGGAGACUUUCUGUAGCCUCCUUUUUGGUGGAUGGUAUCGGACUUUUCAGAUUCCAUUUGGGAAUGGAGGACAACUCUAUCACUGGACUAUCGAACACAGUAUCCCUGAUCUCUGGAGAAGCACAGUGCGGUUUGGAAAAUGGAUUCAGUCUUUAACGUUUGUGUUCUGUUGUGAAUGGAUGUUCAAUAAACAUCGACUUGCCUUUUUACAAAUG